GAUAUACCAUAGAAGAUGUCUAUGAUCAGUGCUUUGCCAUUUUUCAAAUCUCCUUAUCUCAGAUCUUCAAAAAACUCCCUUGGGGGCCAGGGUCGACACAAUCUUCCUGCAAGUGAAUUCCGGUGUCUCACACCUGAAGAUGCCAUUGGAGUGUUUGAAAUUGAGAGGGAAGCCUUUAUUUCAGUGUCGGGAGACUGCCCCCUCCACCUGGAUGAGAUUCGCCAUUUUCUUAACCUAUGUCCUGAGUUGUCACUUGGCUUGUUUGAAGAAGGUCAACUAGUUGCUUUCAUUAUUGGCUCCCUCUGGGACCAGGAAAGACUCAGCCAGGAUGCGCUGACCCUACACAAGCCUCAUGGUACCAUAGUCCACAUACAUGUUCUGGCAGUACAUCGCAUUUUCCGCCAGCAAGGCAAAGGAUCCAUCUUGAUGUGGCGCUACCUACAGUACCUUUGCUCCUUGCCCUGUGUGCGUCGAGCCGCAUUGAUGUGUGAGGACUUUCUUGUUCCCUUUUAUACGAAGUGUGGCUUUAAAGUGCUAGGCCCCUGUGAGAUCACUGUUGGUUCAUUAAAUUUCAUUGAGAUGAACUGUGCUAUUCGGGCUCAUGCAUUUGUGCGCAGAAAUAGUGGCUGCUGA